AUGUACGAUCGGUUCUCGGUCUCCGAUGAAGCAGGAAAAUAUCAACUCUUUCUUGCUGGACCUGCCUCGGGAUCACUAGGUGACUGUAUGUUAGACACUGGUGUAUCUACCACAGAUCUAUCUGGGAUGUCCUUUUCCACCCCGGACAGGGAUAACGACAGGUAUAGUGGUGGUAACUGUGCUUCUAUGUACCAUGGAGGUUGGUGGUUUAAUGCCUGUUACUGGGCCUUUCUAAAUGGUCCCUGGUCCUCAUCAAAGUGGAAUUUUUUAGAAGGUGCUGGGACCUCUGUCAGAGAGACCACAAUGUUAAUUAAAGAUCACUAG